AUGAAUCGCCGUUUUCUGAAUCUUCUAGUCAACAAAUUGAACGGCCGCUGCCCAGCCGUUAAUCUGCACCGCAUCGAUCUGGCAAGCUUAUUCUGUCCUGCCGGACUACCGCCAGCACAUCCAGCAGCAAUAACCAAGAAGGCUUCGGCAUCGGGUCUGGCUCCGGCUCGGCUCCCUCCCGCCACCAUAUCCUUCUACCAGCCCUAUCCGCCGAGCCAAAACGGGUGGAUGGAUUUCAUGGCCCUCAACGACGACAUCAUUGCCUUCGACUAUGAGAGCCGCACCCUUCUCUAUGAUAGCGCCGUUGGGGCCGUCCGCGUCAUCAACCCGAUCAUAGACCCCAGGUGCCGCUCCAUUUCUCUCACCGUUGGCAAUGUUUUCUAUGUCAUGGCGCGCCAGUCCGGCCUGCCAUGUCAGGGGUACCAUUUUCAAGCUCUCAGCUUGAAAGACUGGUGCUGGCGUCGUCUCCACCCGCUCCCCAUUAAUUUCCUGGAAAUCAUCAAGAACCCAACUCACAAGUACGGGUUGGGGUUGGGUGAGGUGGACCCCUUUGAGUUCAGCGCCUAUGCAGCGGUCGGUGACUCGGACAUCUGGAUAUCCACCGUGGGCGCGGGUACGCACUCCUUCAGCACUAGUAGCGGCAAGUGGAGCAAGCUAGGUGACUGGAUCCUGCCAUUUAGUGGCCCUGCCCAGUAUAUCGCAGAGCAUGGCCUCUGGUUCGGCUUUUCUCGAAAAGAUGAGCACCUCUGUGUAGCCAACCUGGUGCAGGAGCCACCGGCGCCACUGCUUCAUGAAUUUCCCUUUCAGCAAGUGUGGGAAGAACCGCAUCUGUCAGAGGCGUGGACACCGAUGGCGGCUAGUCUCCUGCCGCUUGGCUCUGGCAAGCUUUGCACAGCCAGGGUCUUCCGGACAAGCAAGGGCAACAAGGACAGGAAAGCUGAGAGCAUUGUGGUGUUAGCUGGCAUGGAGUUUGUCAACGAUGCCAGCACGGGAAGGCUAAUGAUAAUCAAGCACAAGUCCGUGAGCUACAUCGUUGGUGGAUACGUCUUCAAACUGCUGUGA